AUCUUAAUUUUUUAACGACCAAUCUGAUUUUCAUUUUCCCGUCAAACAGAUCGCAGCCCGACCUGGACACAUUCCGAUUUUCCACGCAAACGUGUUUUGUUUUUUUUUACUUGCAAUCCUCUCUUUUGCUCUCACGGGUUUCCAUCAUCCUUAUCUGUAAGUCCUUUUAAUCUUCAAUUUUGGAUCCAUCUUUCACAUUCUUCAUAUCAUAGAUUCUAAUAUUAUACUAAGAAUUUUGGAUCCAUCUUUUCAUCUUUGUACAACUGUGCUAGAUUAGAUUAGAUUCAAUGUUCAUAUUGGAAAAUCUCUUUAGAUGAGUAAGAAUGCAGCAAUCAAAUUCCAAGAGUUUAAGGAACUUAGCUCCAGCUCUGAAUCUGUUUCCAAACUUGAAACCCCCUCACAAAACCCUACUUUUCCACCAAAUAUGUGUUCUUGUUAUCACAUUUCUUGCAUAUGCUUCUUUCCAUGCCUCUAGGAAGCCUCCAAGUAUUGUCAAGAGUGUUCUAGGACCCACUGUUCCAACCAAUUUAACUCAACUUCAACUUUUGAAUAAUUCUGGUUGGCCCCCUUUUAAUGGAACUCGUGGUACUCACCGCCUUGGCGAGGUUGAUCUUGCAUUCCUUACUUCCUACUCCAUUGGAAUGUAUUUGGCAGGUCAUGUUGGAGAUAGGAUUGAUUUGAGGUUGUUCCUUGUGUUUGGGAUGAUGGGUAGUGGUAUUCUUACCAUACUUUUUGGGUUAGGGUAUUGGUUAGAGGUUCAUGUGUUAGGGUUUUUCGUCGGUGUUCAGAUUGUUUGUGGAGUUUUUCAGUCAAUUGGGUGGCCUUGUGUUGUUGCAGUUGUGGGGAAUUGGCUUGGGGAAUCAAAGAGGGGUUUGAUAAUGGGGAUAUGGAAUUCGCAUACCUCGGUAGGGAAUAUCAUUGGUUCAGUUGUUGCUUCCGGAGCUUUGGAAUUUGGAUGGGGUUGGUCUUUUGUUGUGCCUGGAGUUUUGAUCAUUUUAGUUGGAGUUUUGGUGUUUUUGUUUCUUGUUGUGAGUCCGGAGGAUAUAGGAUUUGCGCGGUCUGGAAUGGACAUUGAAAUGAGUGUUGAAACAAACAGUGCAGAGGAUCUGCAGAAAGUUGAAUCAGAGGAAGCAAAACUUAUUGAUCCUGAAAAUAAUUCAAUUUUAGAUUCUUCAUCUGCUAUUGGAUUUUUAGAGGCAUGGAAGAUACCUGGAGUCGCUCCGUUUGCUUUUUGUCUCUUUUUCUCAAAAUUUGUUGCUUACACUUUCCUGUAUUGGUUACCCUUCUACAUAAGGCAUACAGCGGUUGCUGGUGUAAAUCUAUCUCACAAAACGGCUGGAUUACUUUCAACGAUAUUUGACAUUGGAGGAGUCCUAGGAGGAAUCACAGCCGGUUUCAUUUCUGAUAUGAUUGAAGCUCGCGCUGUUACUUCAAUUCUGUUCUUGUUUCUAUCGAUUCCAGCUCUUCUUUUGUAUCGUGCUUUUGGGAGCAUCUCUAUGUUUACAAACAUCACAUUGAUGUUUCUUUCGGGAUUUUUGGUGAAUGGUCCAUACUCACUAAUCACAACUGCUGUGGCUGCCGAUCUUGGUACGCAUAGUGGUGGGAAUUCUCGGGCAUUGGCUACAGUUACAGCAAUCAUUGAUGGUACUGGUUCUGUUGGAGCUGCCCUUGGACCACUUUUAGCUGGUUAUGUUUCAACUAGGGGUUGGAAUAGUGUAUUUUUUAUGCUUGUUUUAUCUAUUUUCUUUGCUGGUUUAUUCUUGAUUCGAGUUGCAAGAACUGAGUUACGAGAGAAGCUUUCAGGAAAGUGAUUUUAGUCUAGUCCCUUUAUUGACGUUA